AGCUGUCGCGUUGUUCUGUUCAUUGUGUGGAAAAUGGUGUGAAUGACCCGCCGUCGCGGUAAUAGUGUCUUCAUCCCGCCAUGGGGAAGAUUCUGUCGAAAAUUUUUGGAAACAAAGAAAUGCGCAUCCUUAUGCUUGGACUGGAUGCUGCGGGGAAAACAACAAUAUUGUACAAACUAAAGUUGGGACAGAGCGUUACGACGAUCCCUACCGUGGGAUUCAAUGUAGAAACCGUGACUUACAAAAACGUCAAAUUCAACGUUUGGGACGUUGGUGGGCAGGAUAAAAUUCGGCCCCUGUGGCGGCACUACUACACCGGAACACAAGGCUUGAUUUUCGUCGUGGAUUGCGCGGACCGAGACCGCGUUGAUGAAGCGCGACAAGAGCUCCACCGGAUCAUCAAUGAUCGCGAAAUGCGCGAUGCUCUCAUCCUGGUCUUCGCUAACAAACAGGAUCUCCCUGAUGCCAUGAAACCGCAAGAGAUUCAAGAAAAGCUGGGACUGAUGCGGUUACGAGACCGGAAUUGGUACGUGCAACCCUCGAUAGCGUCAUCGGGCGAUGGGUUGUUCGAGGGCCUCAUGUGGCUUACUCAUAACCACAAAUCGUGAUCUGCGGGACUCUCCUCAAGACUGGAGUCCGAAGAAGCGCGUCAUUUUCGCCUCUCGUGGAUUCCUGCUUUGUAAUCGGGUGGACUCGCGUUGUAAUCCUCCUGUAAAUUUAUUAAUGAACCGUGAACACUUGAAUCGUGUCUCUUUCGCAGCGAGCCCUGUUUCAAUCCUCAUCUUCUUCCCGGUUUGCACGAACACCUUUUCAAGCUACUGAUUUUCAUAGCUAAACUCUUCUGCCAGUAGAGCUGUUCGUGCGAUUCGAUGGUCGAAAAGUAGAAAGAGAAACUCUUGAGGCAGCUUCGAUAAAGUUGAUGACGUGGAUUAAGAAUGAAAACGAGAUUUCGAGUAAUUUUUCAUCCAUGUCGUGAACGCAUUGGGCCUCAGCCUUGUAUUUAAUCCUUCCCGCGAAACGAAUGGGCGCUUUCAGGUAUCCCAACGUUUGCUACGUUCUAGGAAUCUUUUAUAGGGGGAAUCGUGCAGUUCUUGUUCAGUUGAUGGACGUAAUACUUUGUAAAUGUUUAUUUUUAAUCUUUGCUGCGGACGUUGGGUGACUUCAGCAGCUUUCAAGAACCUCUGGAUUAUUGAAUCACUCAGGUUGGUGAAGCCAUCACGGAUUAUUCAAAUGUUUCGCGCAUUUAUUCGCUUCGGGUAUUCGAUUACUUUGUUUACGAUUCCCUGUGGUGUAUGAUUGUGUCGCUGUACAGUCCGUCAACUGAACAAGAGCCAAAGGGAGAAAGUUUGCGAUAUGUGAUAUGUCUUUAAAGAGGAGGAAGAAGAAACCUAUUUAUUCACCUUAGUUCAUUCCGAUUUACGCUGAGAAUUCCCUGAACUAAACAGAAUCUAGGAAGGAUGAACCCGGUAAGAGGGAGCCAAAAGUUUCGCGAAAAACUUCCUCUCAAAUUCUUUUGAUUUGGUCUAUUACGGAAAAACAAAAAUCAUGUGUAGAAUCCUUGGGACUGUUCGUGUGUGUGCGUGCGUUAGAGACGGAGAAAAACUAUAUUUUGUAAGCGAGAGAGGAGAGAAAACAUUUUGGGCUCGUUUUUCGCGUUACCAAGAAAGGGGCCCGUUUCGCUUGGCUUUUUUUUCACCACCCCCUUUCAGUGGAUGCGAUCGAAACUCCCACGAAGUAUUUUUUUGUGUUGCUUGGGAUUCGAGUCACGACAACAACUUUUUUUUUUUUUGGCGCGUUACCAUUUUGUCCAGCUCUGGAAUGUGUUUUUUUUUGUUUUGUUUCAUCGCAGGUGAGCGAAACCAUCAACGGGAAUACGUAAACUGAAACCGCGAGGGGAAAAAAGAAAUGCUCGUUUCGUAUUACUGUGUCUCGCUUUAGCGGUGGGUCUGUCAAGCUGGCUUUCGGGUUUCCAGGUUCUGGAGAGGGCUGAGAAAAAUCAGCGAUGAAUUUCCAGGGAAUGCUUCACGAGUUGAGUUUCACAGAACUGAGGAUUGGGGGAAUAUGUUGAGAUCGAAAUGGUGGGAGAAGAAGCAACUCCCAUCUUACUGACUGAAACCCACGAACAUUUUGGGAGGGUUUUUCAAAAUUUUGGGUCUUACCGUGUCUCCCUGAAAAUAAGAUCAUCUAAAUUUUUUUUUCUUAUUCUGAAGAUUUUUUUUCGGAAUUCUAGGGCCGAAUUUUCCAAUCGCAAAACUACGGAGCUGUGAGCUGAAAUUUGAGAAGAGUAAAUUCUUGGCCCCUGUCAUUUAUAUUGUUGUUUCCGAAUCAAAAUUUCAACGAAAAUACUGUAGCUCACUUUCGACGUGAAAUAAUUUCAUUUAUUGACUGGGGGUUUAAUUUCCGUGAAUGGAUCAUAUUUUUUGAGGAACACGGUUUCGAAGCGACUUCGUGAAUUUUACCGCGAAAAGUAUUGAACGCGUGAAGAAAUUCGUGAUCAGUUUUUGACGUUCAAGCGACAUCAUCACAUUUCAUAUUCCGAAAUCCCUCCGAAUGAGCCCCUUUCCGGGAAUUUGAAAUUCCUGGAGAGACGGUUUUUAUGAAAUUUCGAAAAGUAUUGAUCUUGUUGCCAACUGCAAUGCUUGAAUCGCUAGUGGAAGCGAUAAAUUUUCAUGCAAUAUGUUAAUUUGAUUCGUGGUCAAGAGUUUCUCAACAUUUGUGGAGCAUUCCUGAGGAAAGAGAGAAAUCCAUGAUUUGCUUUCAGAUCUUGGCCGAAAGUCCCUUUUUUUGUAGCGGACUCCACCCAGUGUAGAAAAGCAGCGUUUUUCUUGUUGACGAAAAAAGGAAAAGUUUUCGUGCGUUUCUUUCAUUUUUCCUUCGUCGCUCGAGUCCUUAUUUUUUUGAUUUCAAAGUAUUGUUAUUCACGAUGCGUUUUUUGUCAGAAAGUAAAAAGAGAGAAAUCGCGAACCGCGAAAA